GCGUCACACACCUGACCGGAAGCGUCACGCGGAGCUGCGACUAUCAACACAUGAAACCUUGAAGCGUCACAAAGCUGCUUCCGCCUCCAUCACUGAGCACUGAGAGGACUGAGAGGACUAGGACUAGGACUGAGAGGACUGAGAGGACUGGGCUGUUUAACACUAGACCCUUUCAGUGCAGAGAGCGGGUCAGACUGAUGAACACAAACUGAACUUGCUCGAUCAGUCCUAUGUGUUGUCCCCGGGUCAGUGAUGAAAGCGGCGAGCUGCACCGUGAAGUCGGCCGUGCCGCUGCAGAUAGGAGACGCUGUCUCAGACACAUCUCGGCCCGGCGUCUACAUAACAGACAUCUCCCUCGCCGAGCCGCUGGACAUUCAGGAGAUCUCCUUCAAGAACUACUACACGGCGUAUCUGACGGUGCGUCUGCAGCGGAGACGGGACGCUUCUGCCGAGUGGGUGACCUGCUUGAGAAACCACUGCCUCAUGAGCAACCCGCACGCCGAGGCCGGCUCACACGACUACUUCUCCAUCCACAGACAUCAGCCGUUAAAGCAGCAUAGAUGUUCGAGAGAACGAAAGAAAGGGAAGCCGAAACCAAGCAGCAUUUGCAUCUCAUGCUGGUCGCACCAAACAGACGCCGUCCGAUUCAAAACGUUUAAAAGCUACGUACGUUUCAGGUAAGGCUACACCAUUUCGGCCAAAUUUAGCAAAGCAAAAAAAAAACAACAACGUGCGGGGAGAUUUUACCCUCGAGUCGAGAUUGCGUUUUCAUGACGACGAUUUAUAAAGAAAAACUCUUUCGUUCGCAUUUCGAAAACGAAUGGAUCUCAGAUUCACGAAAACAGCGAAAAAAAACAGUGCUGUCAAACGAUUAUUCACAUCAAGAAUUAACGUUUUUGUUUGCGUAACAUAUGUGUGUGUACUGUUUAUUACGU